AUGACGAUUGAGCUGCAAAUUCAGCAUGGCGAAAACACUGCCACCAACAAGUUGCCUCCGCAAGUGAAGCUGAAGGACUCAGACAUGAUGGACAUCAGGACACUUUCACCAUUUAGUCCAGAGAUAACUCCCCCCAAAAACCUUGGAAUCACACACCUUGGCCAAGAGCAGUCUUUAUACAACAGGACAACAGUACCAUCACCUCCUACAGUCCACCUCUCCAAAGAUAUCAACCGGCUGUGUGAAGAAUGGGAGGAAUCAAACUUACUUGUUGUCAAUGGUCACGGAAUCCCUAUCAAGUAUUGGGGAGAGUUCUACAAGAAAGGAAAGGGCGUUAAGACUGCAGCAUGGGAUGCACUUUGA